GAGAGGGAGGGGAGAGAGAAAGAGAGAGAGAGAAGGAGAGGGAGUGGAGUUGUGUCCCAUAUGUGGAAAAAAAGCAUAGCAGUGUACACACAAGUCUGCUGUGCUCCAGGGAUUAUCGUAGCGCUUUCAGAUCUGAUGGAGGACAUGCAGGCAUGAGUAGGGCUGUUCUGUUGUCAGUGCGAGCUCAUGCCUGUGAUGGACUACAGCCGGACGGACGCUAACCUUAGCUGGCUUUCACAAAACAGCAUUCCGCCUUACUGAGACCAGCUCCACAGAAUGCUGAGUCCUAUUGUCCCCUAUAGCCUGUUAAAGAUGCACUGGAACCCAGAGCAUGCCCAGCCUCUCAGCCAAUGGCCUGAGCAGCACCUGGACGUCUCCUCCACCACCUCCUCUCCAGCCCACAAGUCGGAAUUAUACUCUGCUCGCGGUCGCAGCGGCUAUAACUAUGCCUGGGCCAAUGAUGAUAUCUCUGCUCUCACAGCCUCCAACCUGUUGAAGCGCUAUGCUGAUAAAUAUUCCGGCGUGCUGGACUCACCAUAUGACCGGCCAUCUACUGUGGGCACUUACCCAGAGCCAGGGGCCUUUGGGGGCCUCAACCCCCCAAAAACUGAGCUGGAGCCCUGGCCACUGUCACACGGUACUGAUGCCUCCUAUUCCCUGGUGCCCCCUGGAGGCCAUGACAGCCUCUCAGGUUCAAAGGCCAUAGCCACAUCUGCAGGCCCUCCAGGGGUUAGUAGUGUUUCGGUGGUGAACAGUAACCUCUCAGACUCAGGCUACAGUGGCAGCAGCUCCUGCAGUGGCUCCAGUGAGUACCCCUCUAGCUACAAUGGCACAUAUCUUUCCUCAGGGUACUGUCCCCAACCCAGUGCAGCACUUCCCCCUGUCCCCCUCCACACUCUCCAAUCCACCCCCACCCUAGUGCCCAGCUAUAGCCCUACCACACCUGUCUAUAACUACCCCCCUAGCACAUACCCUCCCCAGACCAGCCUUGCCCCCAGCUACAGCCACCCCUCUGCAACUUACCUUCCCUCCGGUCUACCAGCCCCUACUCCUGUUCCCUCGAGGCCCACAGUGGUAGGAGGCAGCUAUAGUUACCAGAUCACCAACCUUGGGACAUCUGAGUCUGAAGGGACAUUAAAGAGAAAAGCAUUUGAGAUGAGUAUAGAAGAUGAUGAGACUGCAGAUGGGUCUCGUUACAGGAAAUAUAGCUAUGAGCCCUUGAAGGCUGGGGGAAACUCACCCUACAGUGUGAAUGACAAAACAGAGUGCCGGGGGAACGGCUUCAGCAAUUUAGGCAGCACAGACCCUCAUACCUUCAAGGCUAGUAAGCCCUCUUCCCAGCCCCUAGUGUCUCCUCAAUAUGGGGCAGUUGGGGAGUACAGCCCUCCAGCAGGCAUGACGGGGGAAAAUGGCGUGGCAGAGCAGGGCUUCAUCCAACAGCAGCAGCAGCACCGCUCCCAGGCGCACAAACGCUCCCCAUUGUGUGCUCCAACUGUUGAGACUAUGAAGAGCCCAGACCCCCGACUGUUGGACCUUGUUAAUGGGGAGUUACUGGACUGCAGCCCAGCACUGGGCUGGGGCGAGCUGGCUGGGCUCACCCAUGUCAAGGCUGCCCUGGAGGAGGACCUGCUGUGGCCCGUGUUGAGACCCAGUCCAGUGAUGCGGUCACCAAGAACCGUCCUGCUCUUUGGCCCCCGAGGAGGAGGUAAGACGACGCUGACUCGUUCUUUGGCCUCACAGUUGGGGGCUUCCUUCUACCGAUUAAGUGGAGCCAUGCUUGCCUCUAAAGGGAAGGCUGAGGCGGAGCACAUUCUGGGGUCUCUUUUGCAGGUAGCAGGGGCACGGCAGCCCUCAGUAGUGCUGCUCAGCCAGGUGGAAGCCAUGGAAGAGGAGGGGCUGAGACAAACACUGCUGACCACCUUGGAGAAAGCCCAGGUGGGGAGCACAGGUCUAGUGAUUCUUGUAUGUGCCACCGGAAGGCCAGAUCUGCUGCAAGAUGCAGUUCAUCGGAGCUUUGCCAAACGCUAUCACGUUGGGCUGCCAGAUGUGGGUUUGCGCAGGCAGGUGCUGCUGCAGGCGCUGCCGCCCCAGGGCUGCAGCUUAAGCGAGAGGGAGCUGAGUGCUGUGCUGCAGCGCACAGAGGGCUUCUCAGUGUGGGAGCUGCUGCAGCUCUGCCAGCAGGCCCUCUCCUCAGCAUCCUCCCCCUCUGGGGCCAUGCAUGGCCACCCCUCAUCCUCCAAGCCCCCAGCCUUCACAGACUUUGAGAAUGCCUUCUGCAAGGUGCGCCCACACACCACCACAAAAGAACUGGACACUUGCAUAGAGUGGAGCAAGAUGUAUAACCACUGAGAAAGCAGCCAGUCACUGUACCUGGACUCUCCAUCUUUGCUUUGAUAUGGAAAGCCAUGGGAAUGUUUUCUUGUUGUUCUGUAAUUACAGAUUUUACAGCCAAAAGAGCCAGAGAAGUUCAACGAUACGGGAGAGCUGACAACGUUGUCUUACUGGCAGAAGCAUGCCAUAGUGUGCUGUUUUUGUUUUAGUAUGAAUAUCCACAAUGUUUUAUUUUUCCCAAAGAAAAGAAAGAUGAAUAGGCCUUGUUGAGUGGGGUAGUAUAUUAGUAUUUUGGCCAAUGGGAAAAUCAGAUUAUAUACUAUUUGGAUACUCUCAGAGAUCCUGAUUAGCCUUCGUCUGGGACAAAAUCAAUUGUUUGUUGCUCGGUGACGUGGUCCAAGAUUAUGGAUAAUCAGGGUUUGGAAAAUCCCCCCUUUGACUGCUACUCUCAGGAUCCUAUUUAUUGCCAGUCCACUUCCAUGUUAUCUUAAUGCUGAUUUAGUCAUUGGAUUGUCACUCAUUAUUUAGUCAGAAGGGCUUGGGAUCAGACAGAAAGAUUUCAGUAAACCACAGUUUUUGACCAAAAAUAUGUCAAACCAAAUGAAUCAGCAGUAUUGCUAUAUUUCACAAAACGGACUUGUCCCCAAAAUCUAAAUAAAUAUAUGAAUCUUUCUCAAAUCCGAAACUUUGCUGCAGUCCAUCCCAGGAGUUGGAGUUCUGCAAAUAAAACCUUGCAGAACUCAACAUUUUUGUUUGGAGAAAUACUUCACACAUAUCUUUAUUCAAUUCACUUGCAAAUAGCACUACAUUUCAAUGACUUCAUAAGUUCUAUAUACAUAUGUUCUUGAUCUCACAUUCCUCGUCAUCUGCAGUUUUCCUGAGAAUCUCACUUACAGAACAAAAUGUGUACCUACAGCGUGUCUGUUUUCUCUUACACUUACUCCUUUUGUGUUAUUAGUAUGUAGUCUUGUUUGAAAUGCUCAGGAAGAAUUUCUUUACCUCAGAAAUAUGAAAUAAAGAAUGUAUGUAAUCUUAGGGUCUUAGUAGAGAGUGGCGUGAAGCGAGAGAAAGAAGCGAGGAGAAACCUGACAGUCUUGUAAUACCCACUACCGCUGGGCUUUUACCUCGGGAGAGACACUUGAAUAUGCUACAAAGAGUAACAUUGAAUGUAAUUCAGGUAUUUCAAAGGAUAUUUGAUGCCAUAAAUCCAUGUAUUAUUAUAUAUGAAUAUACAAACAUGUUUUCUUUUCUGUUCUUUAACCCUUUAUUUGUAUUGUAGUUUAUGGUGGAUUGAUGAUUGUCUUCAAGAAAUGCUAUGUAGAAUACAGAAAAUAUUCAUUUUUUUGUUGGACAAACUGUUCACUGCUAAUCCCAGUAUUGUUUCGUGUUUACAUAUCCUGUAUAUGCAUGUCUGCUGAUAAUAGUUUUAUGGCUGCAAGAUACCAUUCAUAAAUGUAAAUACAAUGCAAAAAAUCAUACAUGUGCACACACAGUGAACAUCUGAGCACAAUAAGAAAAGAAAGAAAACAUAGAUGCAGAAUCAGUUUAUAGAUUAUGUCUAUAUGUACCUUUCAGAAAAUCCCAAAGUCUACGAACACACACUUUUUGUGUACACAACGUUUAGGCAAUCUAGAAAAAUCUCUCCUUUUCCACCAGUUCUGUUUUAACAAGCUGGAAAACGCUGGUCACUGGAAUGCUGGUACAGAGGUCGCUCAUGUUAGACUGUUGCUAUGGUCCUCAGGAGGUAUACACAGAGUGAUGCAAUAUCUCCCACUGCCCUUUCCUCCUCUCUGUCUCUCCCUCCCUCCCUCAUCAUUAUUUUCCUCUUUUUCUCUCUCCCCAGUGCAAUCUCAUUAGAUUGGAUUGCCCCCUGGCCACGAGCCCCAGUGGCCAUGUGGCGUUGCAUCCUCUCCCCACCCCCCUUCUCCCUUCCCUUCCCUUAUACCGAUUCCUCUGGAGUGGAAGUGGUCUGAUUGAUGUCCAGCAACCCUAUAUCACAGCACAGCCGUCCCUCUCCAGCUGGUGGCUUCAGUCAUGCCAUACAGCCAGAUCAAUUAGAGUGACCCCCGCUGUGCAUACUGAUCACAGUCUCAGAAACUGAAAACACAUUUACAACUUACAGAACAACCCCUGCCUCAAGUGGCAUGGUCUAGAUAAUGCUUGUGACUAUUCACAUGUAAUUAAAUAUUAAUGAUGGUACAAGUAGCUCACAUGUUGAUGUUUGUUGUGCCCACCACUCCAGACAGUUUGUCCAAUAAAACAAGCUUUUAUUUUUUACAUGUUUUGAUCUGUUCUGGCGGUAACUUUGUUCUUGGUUAUUGUACAUUUUCUGUAACCAUUUCUACCUCAUUUUUGCGGCAUAUUGUACAUGAAAGUAUUUAUUUCAUGUCUUUUUUUUAUGUCUGUUUUAAACAUGAUAAUAAUGUUCUUUAACUGUAAUGGUCUACCUCAAAAAAGACUGUAUUUUAAGAAAAGAGUAUCACACAAUAUUAAACAGAAUUUGUCCAUAUUG